AUGAAAGAAUUUGAAUCUAUUUCAGAUUAUUUUUCAAGGGUGUUAGCAAUUGUAAAUCAAUUGAAGAGAUAUGGUGAGAACUUGGAUGAUGUCCGUGUGGUAGAAAAAAUCCUACGGUCAUUAACUUCUAAGUUUUACUAUAUUGUUGUGGCGAUUGAGGAAUCAAAAGACUUGGAUUCAGUGACCAUUGACCAGCUCAUGGGAUCAUUACAAGCCCAUGAAGAAAGGCUCAAUAAGAAGAAGCAAGAGCCUUUGGAGCAAAGUAGCCAAAGAGGCCGAGGACGUGGACAUGGUAGAGGGAGAGGAUCUGGAGGAAGGAAUGGUCAAAACUCUCCCAAUUAUGAAGAGAGGGGUCAAAGUUCACAAUCCACAAGAGAUCGUGGAAGAGGAAGUUUCUCAAGACCAUAUAGAAGAAGGUAUGAUAAAUCUAAUAUCAAAUGUUAUUAUUGUCAAAAGUAUGGGCAUUAUGCUCCUGAAUGUAAAAAUACCGCUAACACUGUUGAGGAGAAAGCUAACUAUGUUGAAAAUAAGAAUGAAAAAGUGGAGCCGACUUUGUUGUUGGCAUACAAAGGAGAAGACAGAGAAGAAAGUGGUGCAUGGCAUCUUGACUCUGGUGCUAGCAAACAUAUAUGUGGGAAUAAAAUGAUGUUUAUGGAGAUUGAUGAAUCGGUGGUCGGGAAUGUUACCUUUGGUGACUCAUCCAAAGUUUCAAUGAAGGGGAUAGGUAAAAUUCUUAUCCAUUUAAAGAUUGGAGAUCAUCAAUUUAUUUCUGAUGUAUAUUAUGUGCCAAGCAUAAAAACUAAUAUUUUGAGUAUGCGACAACUUCUUGAGAAAGACUACGAUAUCCAGUUGAAAGAUCGCAAUUGCUUAAUAAGGGAUCAUCAAAAUAAUAUUUGGGCCCUUAAACUUUGGAGGACUACAGAUGUUGACAAAAAUGAAGAUGGUGAGAGGAUUGCCUUCCAUUAA